AUGUAAUACUCUAAUUCAGAAAUUUAUGGAGAUUAUUGUGUGUAUUUUACAGAACUUGUAGGAUCUGGGAGCUAUGGUAAAGUUUAUGGUGCUAAAUAGAUUAGCACUAAUCAACUAAUUUGUGUUAAAGUAUAUAUUGUAUUUAAAUUAGAUUAUUAGAAUUACUAAUGAAAAUGAAAAGCUGUUAGAGAGAGAAAUUAUAAUAUUAAAGAAACUAAUAGAAUUCGAUAAUCCUCAUUUGAUUAAAAUAUAUGAUAUUUCUAAAUAGAAUAAUUAGUUACUGAUAUUUAUGGAGAGAUGCCAAUAAACUUUGGGUGAUUAUAUAACAAAAAAUAAACAAUAGAAAUAAUUAUUAUCCCUAUUUGAAAUUAUAGAUUUAGCUAAAUAGAUAAUAAAUGGCUAUCGGGAUUUAUAUUCUCAUAAUAUAAUCCAUAGAGAUCUCAAACCAGAGAAUUUAUUAAUUGGAACAGAUGAUAAAAUUAAAGUAAUGAACAAAAUUAAUGUAUAAGAUAUGUGAUUUUGGAUUUGGAAAGAUUCUGAACUUUGAUAAUCAAUUCUUUUUAUAAACAAUUAUUGGUACACCAUUAUAUGUAUCACCUCAAGCAUUAAUGACUGGUUAAUAUUCAUCCAAAACAGAUGUUUAUAGUGUAAAUAUUAAUAUCUAUAUAGUUUGGAUUAUUAAUUUAUUACCUUAUUUUCUAAGAAUCAUAUUAUAAAGUUUAAACAUUGGAUUAAUUAUUUUAGAAAAUAAUUGUUUUGGAUAAGGAAUUUUUAAUUGGAGAAUUCAAGAAUUAAGGAAAUGAAUAAGACUCUGCAUUAUUAAAUUAUAUAUUACAUGGAUGUAUUAAAUACCAUGAGAAAGAUAGAUUUGAUUGGGAAUAGUUAUUUUAAAUCUUUGAUUAAAUCACAAUACUUAAACCUAGACCAUAAUCAAAAAGAUUAAUUGACUAAAGACAAAAUAGCAAUUCUUAAUCUAAAUUAAUAAACCUUUAAUAAGAUGAGUAGCUUUAAUAAAUUCAAUAAGAUUAAUAAAAUAAAAUAAACUAAAAUUUGAAUUAAAAACCUCCUUUAAAAUAGAAUCCUGAAAAUAGGAAUCAAUUUAGAAUAUCUAAUUAUAAAUAAUCUUUUGAAUGUAUUUAAAUGACUUAUAUAAGAUUAGUCUUCAAGAGAAAGAUAAAACAAAUCUCAAGAGAAUAAUUAAACUAAAACAAGAGACACUUCAAAUGAAAACAUCAUUUUAAGAAUUAGUUAAACUCCUGAAAGAACCAAUAAUGCACGUUAAAUUAAUUAUUCAACUUAAUGUAGAUCUAGAAAAUAUAGAAUAAAUUCCUCUAAAGAGAAAGAUAAUAAAACUAAGAAUAAUGGUUAUAUUAUUAAAUUAUAGUAAUAGAAGUAGUUAAUAAAAUAGAAUGAAUCUGAAAAGGAUUAUUUAUUAAACAAAGAAGAAAACGAAAUUGAAUUAAAUAAUAAUAAUAAAUAAUAAUAAUAUGUUAAAACAUAUUAAAUCAAAUAGAAUAAUUAAUCUUAAAAAAAACUAAUAAAAUCACCAAGUCUUAAUUAAAAUAUAUAAAAACUUCAAAAUAACUAUUUUAAAUAACAUUUAUGUAAUUAAGAUAAUGAUGUUAUACAAUCUCUAAAGGAAGAUACUACUUAAUAGUAAAAUUAUUAAACAAAAAUCAUUAUGUUACAAUAAAUAUUAAAAGGGAUUUUUGCUAAAGUAUAAUUAGCUGAAAAUUUAUCUUCAUCUUCAAGUAAUUUGAUUUAGAUUUUGGAUCAUAGAUUAUCUUUAUUUCGAUUUCUCAUAAUUAAUUAUCAAUAAUCAUUACUAGAAAAUAUUAAUUCAAUUUACAACAAUGAAAAAAAUCUAUUGUUAUAUCCUUUAUAGAAUUAAUUAAUUGAAUUUAUAGAUCCUAUUAAUUUAAUUUUGGAUGAACGAAUAAAGAAAAAGAUGAGUAACUUAACAUAAAUAUUAUAAAAGCUUUAAUUAAAAAAUUAAGUAAAUAUUUAUAUUAUAAUUUAAGAUGGCAUUAAAAUAUAUAAAUAAUAUUUUAAAGGAAAAAGAGAAAUAUAAUGUGGAAGAUAUUGUUAUAUUGAUAUAAACAAAUGCAAUUAAAUAUAAUUAUGGAAGUAUUUUAGAAUCAUAUCAAAAUCAUUACAAUAAAUUUUUAGAAUAACAUUAAUAUGAUUUAAGUUAGAUUAAAUCUGGAGACUUACUUAAGUAUACUAUGAGAAUGAAAAUAGGUUCUUGGGGUAUUCUACAAAAUUCAUACUAAGCGAAAGUCUUUACUCUAUAGACAAAUUGAAGAGCAUAAAUAUUGAAGAAAUACCUAAUUUAUCUGAUAAUUCUCUAAUUUUAGAAUAAUUUAUUAAAGAGAAUUGUAAGAAAAACCUAAAAUUUUGA